CGCUCAGUGGCGCCGCGACGCUGCCUAUUUUAACUUGUUUUUUCAGUUGAGUUUUCUGACCCCGAGACGCCGUGUCGUGUAUGUGCCAUCAAAAUAGAGGAGCUCCUGAUCUUACUACUGAUUAAAAUGAAGAUUGUGAAUGAACCUUUUAAAAAUUUAUAGCUCUUCAGACAGCGAUUCUGACAGUGAAGCUGGCAAGCAGUUAAAGAGAAAAAAGCAGUUUGCUCCGGGACAACCUAGAAAGAAGCAAAAGGCCGGUGAGACUUCAAGAGCUCUGUCAUCUCCUGAGCACAGCACCAGCAGCAGCAGUGAGACCGUGUUCCCGAGUGGGGAAGCGGGGCAUUUCAUACAUGGGGUUUGUAAGGAAGGAGAUACCUGUCACUCCGAGAGUCCGUAUGGUGUAGUGUGCAAGUCUUUCCAGCGAGGCUACUGUGUAUGUGGAGACUGCUGCAGAUAUGAGCACAGAAAACCACUGAAACAGGAAGAAGCAGCUGCUACAGAUCUAACUGCAGAACCAUCCCUUGUUAUUUCCUCAAGUCUCUCCUCCAUCGCUGGACCACUUGUGGAGAUGAAUACGAAUGAGGCUGAGUCCAGAAAUGUGAACUUGCCAGCCAUAGGCCCAGGUUCCAAGGACUGGGCGAAUGCCAUUGAGUUCGUGCCUGGGCAGCCCUACCGAGGCCGCACUGCCCUUGCCUGCCCAGAGGCUCCUGUGCAGGGUUCAGUGCCCAAGGCAGAGUCUGAGAAAGAGCCCAUGAUGAGGACCAAGAAGCAGCUCUGCACCUAUGCUGCCAUGGGAGAGUGUCGCAGUGGGGAGAACUGCGUAUACCUGCACGGUGAUACCUGCGACUUGUGUGGGCUGCAGGCCCUGCACCCGAUGGAUACAGCCCAGAGGUCCCAGCAUAUAAAAUCUUGCAUUGAGGCCCAUGAGAAGGACAUGGAGGUGUCCUUUGCCGUGCAGCGCAGUAAGGACAUGGCGUGUGACAUCUGCAUGGAGGUGGUGUAUGAGAAAGCCAAUCCCAGUGAGCGCCGCUUCGGCAUCCUGUCCAACUGCAACCACACCUACUGUCUCAAGUGUAUUCGAGAGUGGAGGAGUGCUAAGCAGUUUGACAGUGAGAUCAUAAAGGCCUGCCCUGAGUGCCGUAUCACAUCUCACUUUGUCAUUCCAAGUGAGUACUGGGUGGAAGAGAAAGAAGAGAAGCAGAAACUCAUUCAGAAAUACAAGGAGGCAAUGAGCAGCAAGGCAUGCAGGUAUUUUGAUGAAGGCCGUGGAAACUGCCUAUUUGGAAGGAACUGUUUUUACAAGCAUGCAUGCCUGAUAGACCCUGAUGGCCAUGGAGAGGAGCCACAGAGACAGAAAGUACCAUCAUCAAGCAGAUACCUUGGGGACAAUGAGCUAACUGUGAGCAAUGAGUGGAACUUGUUUCAUGAUGACCUGGAAGAUUUUCAUGACUUGGACGUACAGCGGCUUUGCGUGGCAUGGAAGGGCUUUCUGAGCCUUAGACAGUAACUGUGCCAUGUGUCAGUGCGUUGCUUUCCAAUGCAGGUCUCUCAACUGCAUGUGCUGUUGUGAUCACUUACCAGGACCUGCUCUCCACCCCACUUAGCCAAGAGUGUGUUGUCUGUUUAAAAAAGUCUUUAAGUUAGAAAAUAAAUAAAUAAUAAAACAUUGUCUUCAGGAGGCAAAUAGGGAAAUGUUAGAGAGGGAACCAGUCUGUAUCCCAUGUGUGUUUUUUCUGUUCCUAGAGUCUCAUUAUGAAUUCUUGUUAUUUGAUAGGUGUGAAUAAGACAGCAUGAACUUUACCCUGACACGCACCCCUGUCUGCAGAAAGUAAGACAUUUGUUUAUUUUCCAAUUGUUAAAAAAUCAAGACUUUUGUAACCUUAGAUCAAGUUAGCAUAGGACUUAGAAGAGUUUUGGAGACAUACUUCCUAAAUCUUGAUUGGAACUAUAUAAUAUCUCAUUUCUCUAUUCUUAAAAUUUAAUGUUAGAACUCAUUCACGCUGGGCAUAGUGGCACAUGCCUAUAAGUAAU